UAAUUUUAGUGUGAAACAUAUUAAAAAAAUCCAAAUGUUAGCUUACAAAUUAGUAACUUAAAGGGGACAUUUCCAUCCUAGUGGAGGACAGAGUGGGACCUCAGACAUUCAAAAACCCUAAAAGCAAAUAUUACACAGUUCAACGACCAAAAUAUUUACUUUUACUGUAACCAAUUUUAGUCUUCACGUGUUCCUGUUUUCUUGAUUAGAGUGUUUAAAAGGAUAAAUUCCGUGGAGACCCUGAACGCAUCAGUGUUGUCUCGUCACUUUGGACAGUUUGCUGAACAAUUUGCAGCGUUUUUAGAUGGUUUAAACAACAAAGCGACGUCACUUAUCUCUAUUUCACUUCAAUAUCACUGUUGUUUAUAUGUCGUACAACUUUGUGGCUGUUUGUAGUUUGUUUAGAAGAACUCAGCUUCUCGUUUUUAACGCUACAGCUAGCAGCUAGCAUAACACACAGGGGGAGGAUCCAGUAAUCUUCAUUUCAGUUUAACAGGUGAACAGUGAAAGGUCCCUGUUGAACAUGACAACUCGAAUAGAGUGCAUAUUCUUCAGUGAGUUUCACCCCACUCUGGGUCCAAAGAUAACGUAUCAGGUACCAGAGGAGUACAUUUCACGGGAAUUGUUCGACACGGUCCAAGUUUACAUCAUCACCAAGCCAGAGCUACAAAACAAAUUAAUUACAGUCACUGCUAUGGAGAAGAAGCUAAUCGGCUGUCCAGUGUGCAUCGAGCAUAAAAAGUACAGCCGAAAUGCUCUCCUCUUUAACCUGGGCUUUGUCUGUGAUGCUCAGACCAACACAUGCGCUCUUGAGCCAAUUGUGAAAAAGCUGGCUGGGUACCUCACAACUCUGGAGUUGGAAAGUGGCUUUAUUUCAAAGGAGGAGAGCAAGCAGAAACUUUUACCCAUAAUGUCGACAUUGUUGGAAGAUCUUAAUGCUACAGGAGCCUGCACAUUACCCAUAGACGACUCCAACACCAUCCAGCUAAAACUGAUCCAGCAGCGGAGAGACCCCCCCACUGUCCAGGAGUACGACGUCCCCGUCUUCACCGAAUCCAAAGAGCUUUUCAUAAAGUCUCAGUGGGACCUCACCACUCAGCAGAUUUUGCCUUACAUCGAUGGAUUCAGGCACAUUCAGAAAAUCUCAGCCGAAGCAGACGUCGAGCUGAAUCUUGUUCGUAUCGCUGUGCAGAACCUGCUGUAUUAUGGUGUUGUGACUUUGGUCUCCAUAUUCCAGUACUCCAAUGUCUACUGCACAACCCCAAAGGUUCAGAGCCUCGUUGAUGACAAAUCCCUUCAGGACGAAUGCCUCAGCUACGUCUCCAAACAGGGUCAGAAACGUGCCAGCCUCCGGGACGUGUUCCAGCUCUACUGCGGUCUCAGUCCUGGAACGACAGUGCGAGACCUUUGUUCUCGCUACGCGCAGCAACUUCAAAGGGUUGAUGAGAGGAGGCUAAUCCAGUUCGGACUGAUGAAAAAUCUCAUCCGACGGCUUCAGAAGUAUCCUGUGAAGGUGGUCCGGGAUGAGAGAAGCAGACCGCCUCGUCUCUACACUGGCUGUCAUAGUUAUGAUGAAAUCUGCUGCAAAACAGGAAUCAGUUACCAGGAGUUGGAAGAACGUUUGGAAAAUGACCCUAAUAUCGUCAUCUGCUGGAAGUGAUGUUAAAUGAAGCCAUGUACCGAGAAGCCUCCACCAAUACAGCCAAGAGCGAGACGCCUCAAAGAUUGAGUUAUGUUUUGUAAAUGUCUUUGCUCUGUUUUUCAUUCAUUAUUUAUUUAUAUCAUUAAAAGACUGUGACUAACUUUC